UCUCUAAACACUAACACUAGUUCGGACACAAUUUUUAUUUAUUGGCAAUUAUUUUAGAUCCAAGAAUAGGACAUAAAUCGAAAGAGUGCAGUCCUUAAGCGCAGCGCAGCGUGCAGUGCGGAGCGUUCCGAAUCCGAUUUCAGUUACGAGUGUGUGUCCCGUCCCUAUAGCAAACCCAUAGUCGCGGCACCAUGAGCGUGUUGGCGUAUCCACGUACAAACGAUGAGGAGAUUUUUCGUCACUGCACAAAGGAUUGUGGCGUCGUUACGGCCACGGAGGACUUCCAGUAUUUCGCCCUGCGCUGCAUAUUCUGCAGCGAAAAGUUUCUCUACUUUGAUUCAUUCAUCAGCCACAUGCAAACGGUGCAUCUGGGCACCGAGGGGCACGUACCCACAGCAGCCAGCCUCACCCUCAGCUUUGGUGAGCCCAUGUCCCUGUCGAUGGACGAGGAUGCCCUGCACCAAGGAAUCCAUCAUAGAAAUGGCCACCACUUUGACGAGAUCGAAGACUUGACCGAUGCGGACACAGCUCUGCUAGAGCCCCAAAUGGUCAUCAAACAGGAGCUGCCCGAACCGCCCUGUAGCGAUGACGACGACGGCGACGCGGAUCCUGAUGAAGAUGAGGAUUUGCUCCGUUUGCCCGCAGACGAAGACGACUCGGAGGCCAUUGACGACGAAGAGGCCAUCCUACCCGAAAGCGAUAUGCCUGAAAUUAUACCGAGACCUCGCCCCCGCAUGAAGGUGACCAAGCCGCGUGUGGAUGUCAAAAACGAACCCAUCACCGCCGACGGUGACUCGUCGAUGGACGAUUAUGCCGACCACGAUCGGAGCUAUAUGGGCGACAACGACAAUGACAAUUCGGGCGAAUAUUUGGACUACAGCGGCGGCAGCAGCAGCUUCAAUACAGCACCGAAUCAAACUUUCCCCGGCAACGAAUCAUCCGAUUUUCUCAGCUACGACGAGAUGGUCGAGGAGUCCCUCCUGGGGCGGGAUCGUGAGCUUACGAUGCACAUCAAGGAUCGCAAGAUGAUCCAAUUUCUCAUACAAUCAUAUCAGCGAAAUCCGUUCCUGUGGGACCACAGCGAUGCCCAGUUCCGGGAUCGUGUGAAGCGUGCCCGCUUCCUCGAUUGGAUUGUACUCGAGUUUCAGGGUCGUUUUAACAUCUCCCUGGCCAAGGAUGCCAUCACCAGGAAGUGGGACAAUCUGCGCACCGUUUACAAGCGCGAAUGCAAUCGGAUGGCCCUCGAGAAGACGAACAUCAGUACGCUGUGGUACUUCAAGGAGCUGCAUUUCCUCAACGAGGUCUACAGCUACAAUUCCAAAAUGUCCGAUGCUGUUGUCAAGGAAACGUCAUACCGUCGCCGAUUUUCAGCCAUUUGGAACGACACAUCGACUGCGAAAUUGCUGAACAUGGUGAAGCGAUAUCAGUGCUUCUAUAAUCGCUUCGAUCCGGACUACCGCAGCAAGGAGCGUCGCGGCGAGGGACUGCACCAGAUGGCCAUGGAGCUGCAGCAGCUGAUUGAUGUGAGCACCAUUCAGAUAUCGAAGCGCAUCUCGCAGCUGCGCUUUGACUACUCCAAGCAGAAGCUGGAGCGCCUCAAUUGCGAUCGGGCCGGUCGCAAGUUCAUACCGAAUUACAUCUACUACGAUCAAAUGAACUUCAUGGACGACGAUAUACCGCCGUUCAAGUGCCAGCACUGUGCAGAGAUUGUGCAGACGCUGCGCGAACUCGACCUGCAUAUGCUCACCCACCAGCCGAGCCUCGGCGGCGGUUACUAUUGCAAUGUGUGCAACAUUCAGUUCACCAGCGCCGAGGAGUUCGAAAGCCACAAGCAGUUGCAUCUGGGCGCCGGCACCGAGGGCAAAUUCAAUUGUGAACUGUGCACGGCCAGCUUCCGGGAGAAGUCCAACUACGAUGAGCAUUUGAGGCGCCACAACGAGGAGCUGUUCCUGCCAACGCUGGCGCUCAAUCUCAAUCACAGUAUACUGGAGUCAUCGGGUCCCGCCGAUUCUGGUUCGGGUUCGGGUUCUGGUUCUGGCAGUGCUCGCAAACGGCGCCGUCGUAGCGGUGUCCAAUCGUCUGACGAGAAUGUCGAGGAUCAGGAUGACCAGCAGGACGGACAAGCAGACGGAGAGCUGAAGCCGUUUGGAUGCGGUGUGUGCCAACGGAGCUUCGCGACGCCCGGCCACCUGAAUGCCCAUCGCAUUGUGCAUCAGGAUGAGCGGGAGCGCUCGUAUAAGUGCGACUAUCCGCAGUGCAACAAGUCAUUUAUGGCUCGCAACAGCCUGUUUGAGCACCUGAAGUUGCACUACAGCAACGAGGAGUUCAAGUGCGACAUCUGCGGCAAGACCUUCAAGUCCACGAAGAACCUGCAGAAUCACAAACAGAUCCACGACAAGGUCAAGCGAUAUGUCUGCCAGAUAUGCGGCUCGGCAUUUGCCCAGGCCGCCGGCCUCUAUCUCCACAAGAGACGACACAAUCGGCCCAAUGGUGCUGUUGGUGCUGUUGGUCGAUCGGGUCGUAGUAGCCUGUGAGAGGGACGAGAACGGGAUCGGAUCAAAACCAAGGCUGGAACUGUUCGCAAUCGUGGACGGGGUCGAGGAAGCGCCAGUGGUCGUCAUGUCAAAUAGGUUCUUAAGAAACUUUCAACGUCCUUCAAUUUGCCAACUAACAAGGCAGCUAGCUAGCUUUUUUCUUAUUUAACCUUAGCUACCACUUACCAUGUAUUUUACACUUAUUUAAUAUUAGUUUAAUUAGGCAUUUAGUUUGUUCAACUGAGCGCUGGUACCUGCGGUACUUAAACGAAAAGUAUUUCCCACCACCAUCACCACCAGCACCACCACAACACAGCACAACACAACACAACACAACAACAAUACAAACCAACAAAUAAAGGAUAUUGAAUCCCCAAUCCUAACUAUAUUUAAGCCUAAAGUCGUACACGUGUUCCCUCCAUCGUCAUCAUCAUUAUCAUCAUCAGCAUCAGGCAGACAUUAUAUUGUACUUAUUGUCCAUGUUGGGUAGACAUACAAACUCCCUUGACAGAUUCGAAUUAAUUAUUAUAUACACAUUCCUAUGCCACCCCCCGGAUCACCCCCCCGUAAAAUUGCAGAGUGUGUGCGCGCGCGUCGAAACAUUCCAGAACUAAGUAUUUUAUAUAAAGUAUUCUAUGUAUCGUAACUAUGUACGUAUUAUGUAUAACGAGCGAUGGUUCCAUCCUCAGCACAGGAUGGGACGGAACCCUCGCUCUCACAAUUACCAGCAAUAUCUAAUUUAAUAAGUUCUACAAAAUCAACACAAAACAAACAACAAACACAACAUCAUGUACAGAAUGUUUAGGGAGCCAUAAGGCAUCAUCAAAAUUACACAAAAGGAUAGAGCCUCAGAUGAAUAGAUGGAGAUUCGAUUCGAUUUAUUCUAUUGGAUAAUCGCAAAAGGAAUUGCAAUUGAAUUAAAUUUUAGAAUCAUAGCUUGAAAUAUUUAAAUUAAUUGCUAGAAUUAUAGUUUGAAAUUU